AUGGCUGCCGGUGAUUCUUCAAGGUGGACGGUAAAGGCUCUUUUGGCUGAUUCGGAACGAAGUGAACUUUUGAGAAGACUCAGCGAAGCAAAUCAAUAUAACCGAUUCCUCAAGAGACUGGUUUUGGUUGAGAAAAUGGGUCUACCUGGAGGAAAUAAUGGUCUGUCCUUGGAUCUGUCUGAUACAUUAGGCAACAAAUACAUCCUCUUCGCACCUUACCUAGGUUCUAUAUUUUUCCUCCAUGGCAAGACGAACGAGAUGGGCAAGAGGCAACAAAGGUUUCAUGUGAAUACGUCGGGCUUUGCUUUCAAUAGCUGUAUGCUCUAG